AUGUCGACCGCUCCUGUUGCCGACAACAAGCCCGAGGCUGUUACUAACGCUGCUGACGCCGCUACCUCCCCCGCUGCUGCUGCUGCUGCCGAUGUCAACAACGUCGCUGGCGACGAAAACAUCGAGGGUGCCACCAUCGACCCCAACGCUACGCUCCAGCUUCGUGCUCUCGUCUCCACCAAGGAGGCUGGUAUCAUCAUCGGCAAGGGCGGUGCCAACGUUGCCGAGCUUCGUGAGCAGACAGGCGUCAAGGCGGGUGUCUCCAAGGUGGUUCCUGGCGUACACGACCGUGUGCUCUCCGUUACCGGUACCCUGGUCGGCAUCUCGGAUGCAUUUGCUCUCAUCGCAAAGACCAUCCUGGAGAACCCCUUGAAUGCUCCGGUCCAGGCUGACGGUUCCCCCGCCGAGGCCGCCGCUCAGACCACUUCGGUGCGUCUACUGAUCUCGCACAACCUCAUGGGCACCGUCAUCGGUCGCCAGGGUCUCAAGAUCAAGCACAUUCAGGACCUCUCGGGCGCCCGCAUGGUCGCCUCCAAGGAGAUGCUUCCCCAGUCCACCGAGCGUGUCGUCGAGGUCCAGGGUUCCGUCGACGCCAUUCGUGUCGCUAUCCACGAGAUCGCAAAGUGCCUCGCCGAGGACUGGGACCGCGCUCAGAACGUCGUCCUUUACCUGCCAGGUCAGGGUGACGGCCCUGGCAUCCUGGCUGCCGGUGGUAUGGGCGGCCUUCAGCAGCAGGGCUCGCGUCGCCAGGGUGGCCCUGCUUACCUCGCUGGUGCCAUGUCCAACAUGUCGCUCAACUCCAACUCGAACGCCGGCGCCUUCCAUUCGAACCGCCAGCACAACAACCACACCAACAACAGCACUGGCUCGCGCCGCACCGACCCCAACGCCGUCGUCACACCUGGCGGAGGCCUUGUCGCUGGUACCACCGCCAACUCGGCCAACGCCGGCGAGCCCAACGCCUCGGCUCCUCCUCUGGUCGACGCUGCCAACCUGCGCACGCAGAACAUCUCGAUCCCAUCAGACAUGGUCGGCUGCAUCAUCGGCAAAGGUGGUUCCAAGAUCACCGAGAUCCGCCGUCUCAGCGGUUCCAGGAUCUCGAUUGCAAAGGUGCCUCACGACGAGACGGGAGAGCGCAUGUUUACCAUCCAGGGCACCCCCGAGGCCAACGAAAAGGCGCUCUACCUUCUCUACAACCAGCUCGAGAUCGAAAAGGAGCGUCGCCAGUCAGACCGUCAGACGCAGAACACCGUCGUCGGUGCCGCAGCAAACGCUGGCGCCGUCGACGACGAUACCCCCGCUGCCACCGCUGCUGCCACCUCGGCUUAA